CGUUGCUUUCAGUCGCGCUGUGACACUCGUUGAGAAGGCUCAGUGUAUCUGUCUGAUAUUUGUAUUUUAUAGUGAGUCUGUCAAAGCUGCAGGAAACGAUGAAGGCUUUUCUUGCUCUCAGUUUGAUUCUUUGGGGAUUACACGACGCGGAGGCCGUGACGCAUUCGCUGCAGUACUUCUACACGGCCUCAUCAGGAGUUCCAAACUUCCCAGAGUUUGUCAAUCUGGGAAUGUUAGAUGGGCUACAGAUGGAUUACUAUGACAGUAACAUCAAGAAAGUGAUUCCCAAGCAGGACUGGAUGGCCAAGAGUGAAGGACCUGAGUACUGGGAGAGACAGACUCAGACCUCCAUUGGUGCUGAGCAGAGCUUCAAAGCCAGCAUUGAAAUUGUCAGGAAACGCUUUAAUCAAACUGGAGGAGUCCACGUUGCUCAGAAGAUGUACGGCUGUGAGUGGGACGAUGAGACUGGAGAGGUUAAUGGUUUUAUGCAGGAUGGUUAUGAUGGAGAAGAUUUCAUAGUGUUUGACCUAAAGACAAAGACAUGGAUCGCUCCAACACCACAGGCUCUCAUCACCAAACUCAAGUGGGACAAUAACAAAGCUGUGAUCGCACAGAAAGAGCAGUACCUGAACCAGAUCUGUCCUGAGUGGCUGAAGAAGUAUGUGGACUAUGGGAGGAGCUCUCUGCUGAGAACAGAGCUUCCCUCAGUGUCUCUCCUCCAGAAGACUCCCUCCUCUCCAGUCAGCUGCCACGCUACAGGUUUCUUCCCUCACAGAGCUGUGAUGUUCUGGAGGAAAGAUGGAGAGGAGCUUCAUGAGGACGUGGACCAAGGAGAGAUCCUCCCCAACCAUGAUGAAACCUUCCAGAUGAGAGUUGACCUGAACAUUUCAUCAGUCACACCUGAAGACUGGAGGAGGUACGACUGUGUGUUUCAGCUCUCUGGAGUGAAGGAGGACAUCGUCAUCAAACUGGACAAAACAGCAGUUGAGACUAACUGGGGCAAACCUGGAGUCAGAGGUGAUGGAGAGUUCCCCUCUGCUGCUGUCAUUGGAGUUGUUGUUGGACUGCUGCUCGUCCUGGCAGUCUGCACCGCUGGAUUCCUCAUCUGGAGAAGACGCAAUGAAAGACAAGGAG